CCAAAAUUUCGCGAACCCAAAAGCCCAAUCCGAUCUCAAACACACGCACUCUUACCGUCUCCGUCUUCGUUCGAGGGCUUUCUUUCGCUUACAAUCGGCGCUCGCCGCCUCUCUCUCUCUCUCUCUCUCUCUCACGUACCUUUUAGCAGUAUCAACCAAUCUAUUUCAAACCCUAAUUCCCACAGCUAUACCUAUAUUUUUCAAUUUCUUGUUUCAAUUUCUGGGGUUUCAUUUCCCAAUUUUAAUCGAAUAAUCUCCGAAGCUGCAUAGCUCGUGAAUCGAAGAAGUGCAUGUUAGUCUUUACUGCUUUCUUGUUUUAAUCUCGUUUUGUUUUUAGAUCUGAGUCUGUUUGGACUUAGGGUUACGUAUUGAUUUUCGUCGAAGUUUGUAACUUUGCAAUUGAAAUAUUGGGGAAUUAGUCGGGCUGAUUUUGUGGGGGUUUAGGGUUAGGGUUUUAUAGCUGACUUGAAUUGGGAUAAGGACUCCUUAUUCUGUGGUUCUCUAGAGCUCGGAUAUAUAAAUAUAUGGCCACUGGAAGACAUGGGGGUUAUCGCGAUAAUGAGUUCAGGGACCGGGAGUCCAAUUUUGACUUGCCAAGGAGGGAUUUCGCUACAGCUAAGGAGGACUACGAACGGAUGAGGAACGGAAAUCGUGAUGGUGAAAGGGGUCAAGGUAGGGAUUUGAGAGAUAGAAUGAGGGUUAGGCAGAAGGAUAUAAAGGAGAGGAAUGGUGGGUAUCGCUCCUCUUCGAGCAGCAGCGGUGGUGGGGCUGGUAGUCGUGGGCCUAAGCAAAGUGGGUUUUCUGUUAGGGCCUUGGACAGGGAACCUGGUGAAUUGUCGAGUGAGAGUGGGUCUGAUGAUGCUAUUGAAUCUGCAUCGCAGGUCAGAGAAAAUGUGGUUUCAAAGGUCGUAGAGAAUGGAACUGAGUCUCCGAAAGAGAGGAAAAGGAAGUAUUCGCCCAUUGUCUGGGAUAGAGAUGACAACAAAGGAAUGAGUAAUUCGUCAAAAACUAGGAUUACCACUGCGCUGACAGCUCUUCCUCCUCCACCGCCGCCGUCUAGGGUAUUUCAUCAGUCUCCUAAUGUUAUUUCAGAUAGCAGUGUACAAAUAUCUUCAGUUAAAAUUGUUGAGGUCGAUAAUAUACAGUCUUCUUCUCCAGUUAAGCCUCCUGUGGAACAUGGGUCUGUUAGCAAUGGUGUAUUGGAGUCUCCAGUAGGGCUAUCUUCACAAAGGCAGCAAUGGGGUGAUGAUCAUGAAGCAGAGCAGCUAGAAGAUGAAGAAUAUGUCCCGACCCGGAAUAUAUCAUCUUCAAGAUGGGCAGCGGGAAAUAAUUCUCCUGGUGAUGAAGGAGAAAUUUUAGGGAACGAGCAAAUGCCUAAAAGGAGGAAGAAAAUUCCGCUUGCAGGGUCAGUAGAAGAUGGAGUACGCAACAAUUCGUUGACACCUGAGUCUGGGGAGCUUAAGAGAGAUGGGUCUGGACGAGUCAGAGCGAGGUCAUCCGAAUCUGAAGAACAGGAUGCCCAUACUAGGUCUUCCAGUAGGAAUGAUUACCCUGAUAAUGACUCAGAGAGGGAUGACUACAUGGAUACUGACAAGGAAUAUGGUAAUAAUGACUCCAGUGUUAGUCAGUCAGAUACAGAUUCUGAGGAUAACAAUAACUCUCGUGAGACCUCAGAACCUGCAGCUCCUCCACAAAGAAGCGUAAACAUGCUUCAGGGCUGUAGAAGUGUUGACGAGUUUGAGAGACUAAACAAGAUAGAUGAAGGCACUUAUGGUGUUGUAUAUAGAGCCAUGGAUAAGAAAACUGGAGAAAUUGUGGCCUUGAAGAAGGUAAAGAUGGAGAAGGAAAGAGAAGGUUUUCCCUUGACUUCUCUUAGGGAAAUAAACAUUCUUCUUUCUUUUCAUCACCCAUCAAUUGUCGAUGUGAAGGAAGUGGUGGUGGGGAGUAACCUUGAUAGUAUUUUUAUGGUGAUGGAGUACAUGGAACAUGAUCUUAAAGCACUAAUGGAGACAAAGAAGGAGCCAUUCAGUCAGAGUGAAGUUAAAUGCCUUAUGCUCCAGUUAUUGGAAGGUGUCAAAUAUCUUCAUGAUAAUUGGGUGCUUCAUCGGGAUUUGAAGACAUCGAACCUGCUUUUGAAUAAUCGUGGUGAGUUGAAAAUAUGUGACUUUGGAUUGUCUCGUCAGUAUGGGAGUCCUUUGAAACCGUAUACUCAUUUGGUGGUUACUCUUUGGUACAGGGCACCUGAACUCCUGUUGGGAGCAAAAGAAUAUUCAACGGCAAUCGAUAUGUGGUCACUUGGUUGUAUAAUGGCUGAACUAUUAUCGAAGGAGCCACUUUUCAAUGGGAAAACGGAAUUUGAUCAACUUGACAAGAUUUUUAGAAUCCUUGGCACACCAAAUGAGACUAUCUGGCCUGGAUAUUCCAAGCUUCCUGGAGUCAAGGUCAACUUUGUUAAGCACCCGUAUAACCUUUUGCGCAAGAAGUUCCCAGCUACAUCAUUUACUGGAUCUCCAGUUCUUUCUGAUGCUGGAUUCAAUUUGUUGAACAAGCUUUUAACUUAUGACCCUGAGGAGAGAAUUACAGCUGCAGAUGCUCUGAAUCACGAGUGGUUUCGUGAAGUUCCUCUUCCCAAAUCGAAGGAGUUCAUGCCCACAUUUCCUGCUCAUCAUGCUCAAGACAGGCGCACACGGAGAAUAUUGAAGAGUCCUGAUCCCUUGGAAGAGCAACGUAGAAAGGAAUUGCAGCAAGGGGAAAUAGGAACUGGUGGUGUGUUUGGCUAGUAGAUAUGAAUCAGUGAUCAGUGGCCUUGAUACGCAGUUGGACAUGGCUGAGGUGAGAGACAUGCAUUGAACGGAAGUUGCAAACAUUCUAUGUCAGACGAUCAUAUGUGCUCUUUUUUAGCAGGCAAUUCUUUGUGAUUUGGGCGGAGAUUUGUAUUUUUUUUAUGGCUCCUGUCAACCAGAUUUGUUGCAGGUUAACUUUGUUCUUCAUCUUUGAUCAUCGUAUAGAAUUGCAUCUAUGACCCUGCUUUCAUUGCGAGGUGUGGCAUAAUUGCCUUUUCUUUUAAAAAGAGAAUCAGUUUCAGCUGAAACUUGUGUAUGUAACAUAUUUUCCUUGGCACAUUGUAAACAGUUCUCCUUUGGUUUUCAAUAUUAGCACUGUCAAUUAUAUUAGAAUAUAUUUAAUAUUCACAUUGUGUUUGCAAGAGACGGUUGGUGUGGAGUGGAGGGGGCGUUCUUUGCUUUUCGUUGACGAAGAAUUUGACAAUUACCAUAUUAUUUUUUAAAGUAUCAAAGCAAGCAGGUUGAGGAGGUUUCCUGCACUUCCAGGAAUUUAUAACACUUCAAUUAGUUGUUCCUACAGGCUCACUAGAGAAGAAUGUUUUAAGAAAUGCAUUAAAGGGAGGAAAAAAAAAAACUCUGGUCUCAGUUCCUGAACAGUUUACAUUCUAAAGUUGACAAAAUGGCAGGUGCAUGUUGUGGCCCAUUUAAGAUGCUGCCUGUUUGUUCAUGUAAUUGAAUAAAAAUCAAUUCUAGUUAAAAACUGAAUGCAUGCAUUUUGAAAUGUGAAGUGAUACUGGUGAUAUACAACAUGCUUUUCCAUCUAGAAAUUGCUUUUGUAUAUUUUUUUGGUUUCCCGUACUUUUUAGAGGACAUAACUGAGGUUUUGGAUAGAUGGUCUGUUUCUGGUCCAAAUUCGUCCAUACAAGGAACAUUACUUCUCUGUCACUUGAGAUUAGAAAUUUGCAGAGUGUAAAAUUGUCUAGAACCAGAAUAGCUUGAUUUGUACAUCGUGGGAGUCAAAUAUACCGAACAAUUUAAAAUGAUUCAGUUCUGUAAAAGUUUGGAUAUCUGAUUGUCAUUUGAUCAUGGAAUUAGCAAAGAACAGCUGCUUGCAUGAAUGGAUAUUGCUUCUGUAUUACUGAAGGGGCAUGGAGGGCUGGGUACUUUUUAAAGGCUCCUGCAUGUAUCUGUUGGAACGUGUAGUUUGAUUUAGAUACACAUCUCGUUGAAAACAUUGAGUUUCUUCAAGUGUUCUUUGUCCGUAUGUUUUUUCUAAUUAUAAAUAUGUAUCAAUCUUGAUUCUUGCAAAUUCCGAAAAUGGUGUUGCUCAUUUGGUGGUGUGAAGAUGAAUGCGAAAUUACUAAUUUGUACCUUAAUGUGGAUUAUUAGUUUAUAAGGACCUUGUAGAGAUACAAUGUAAAGUUUGUAAUCUUGUAUAAAUAUCAUGUGUCUGGGGCUGGGUUUAUGGAAUUUUUUUCUCCUAUAGUGGACAGGAAGAUCCUCAUAUUUUGAUAUCUGGUUAUUGUUGCUUAUGUGUGGCAUAAUUCUAUAAUAGGCAUGGCUGGAGUGGGAUGGGUUGCUUGGAGAUGGAAUAUAGUAUAGUGUCAGCUUCCCAUUUACUUAACCAAAUAGAAUCCGAGAAGAUUAAGUAAGCCUAGGUGGGAUAUAGAAAAUACUUUGCCAUAUGCUUUGUGCAGGUGGUGACUGAUGAUAUUCAACCAGCACACUUUUGACGUUAAGGUCAUAGUACAAAUGUGAGUUAAAGGAGGUUGCUGAUGGCUGAUGAAUUCCCCCAAACAUCAAACGAUCUGCCUACGUGCGACUAAAUUCUGUUCCAUGUACUUUAAAAUGUCAGGUUUCUUUUGCACGUUGCAUUAAUGUAUUGAUCAUGUAAUUUGUCUCGGUCCAUUCCAGAUAUUUUAUGGUUGAUUUCUAUGCUGUAUUCUGUGUCAAGCGGCAAUGAAACCUUGUUAGCCCGUGCCA